AUGUCUCUGAAUGGCUCAAAGGGUGAAGCAAGCAAUUGGGGUGGGUUCAUCAACAACAGUUGUGGGGCAGUUUUUGAUGAGUACCUGCAUGCAUUAGGGAGGCUAGCCAACCAAACCGGACAGAUAUAUUUAAAUUUUACAGAGCAGGGUAACUGCUUAGGUUCGAUGAAGGGUAUAGAUGCAAAUAUUACGGGCUGCGGCAUUGAAAAGCUAACUAGUGGAGCCGGUGGGUGCUCUGACUAUGAGGUCAAAGAUGUAAAUAUUAAGCUGCAAAAUAGGUUGAAAAUUUUAGGUGAAGGCUGUGAAGGUUUGGAUUUGGAUGGAAAAUCUGGCCAGGCUUGCAGCGAAUGUUUUAGAAGGUGGAAAGAAAUAGGCUCAGCAUCAGAUAAUGGAAGAGAAUCAAUGAAGGUUGACGCCGAUGUUUGCAGGUUUGAAGUUUUGGUAACAUUGACAAGCAGUAGGAUAGAUGAUGAGAAAUGGGUCAAAGCCACUUAUGAUUGCCUUGGAGGGCAGCAUGUUUCCAUAGAUGGAGAGGAAGGCACGGCUAGCAGUGGUAUCAAGUCCAGCAUAGGUCUCUCAAUCCUAGUAGUUCGCAUAGUGGGAAUCACAAUAAUAGUUCUCAUAGCAACAUUCACCUGGUUCAGACUCAGGACUAGAGAAAGUUUCGCAACAGGAAAAGAUUGUGCAUCCCCAAGCUCGAUGACAAUUCACUUGAAAUCAUCAAAUGAUUCACUCUCUGAGGAGUUCGCCUGUCUGAAGUUGCCUGUUAAGGAAAUUUAUUCAGCAACAAACAAUCUAUAUGCAUCAAAUUUUAUUGGCCAAGGCAUAGCUGGUGAGAAGUUAUCUUUGCUUGUGUAUCUGGGUCUCUUUUUUAUUCAUGAUAAACUGAUGAAAAGGUAGUUUUGGA